GCUACUAGUAGCGUCCUACAGAGGACCUAGCUGUCACAUCAAAGCCUACCUGAUGCCUCAUGGUGCGAUGCCGGAAUCUCACGAAAGUAUUGAUCCUAGCGUUUCUCUUUAGACAGCUAAGCCAAGCUGGCCAUGGAGCUCUUCUAGGGGUGAAAUCUGGCUGGAAAUGGUGGCCAAAGCCGCACCAUGAGCCCCAGCCUCCGCCGCCCGCAGAGGAGCCUCAUCAUACUCCAGAUGGGCAGCACGAGGAGUCCAUUUUUGAGGAGUUUGUCGACGAAGUAAGACUGUGCCCAUGGCUUCUCUUCGCAGAGAUCAGUACAGUGGUGGUUUUGGGCGCCCUCUUUGAGCAGCUACAGCAUUGGGUCAGAGAGCACUUGGACCACUCGGGCGACAAAGUGGGAAUGCAAAUUAUGGAUGUCCUUUUCAGGGAGUUCUCUGGAUUGGGCUUCAUAGGCAUGUUCCUUUUCCUGGUGACACAGAGCCACAUCACUGCUGAUGUCUUGGGCAAGAAGGUUUUUGGACAUCAUUUGGAUAAGAUGGGCACUGAAGACCCAAUUGCUGAAUCCUUCGAAACCGUCCACAUGAUGAUUUUCCUGCUGAUGGCAGUUCUUCUUUUCCAGGCCAUGGCCAUGCUGCGUGUGACGCAGGGGGUGAUCGAGACCUGGGGCCGCUACGAGCGGUGUCGCUCCUGGGGGCUGCGCCAGGACUCCUUGGAGUCUCUCUUUUGCGAUGGGGGCUACUUGGAGCGGGUGGCUUCAAAGACCGCACCCCGAGGUUUGGAGCUGAAAUUCCGAGAGGACUUCACCUACCAAGAGCCCUUCUUGCAAUGGAUGAUGCUUCACCAUGACUUGCUUCAUAAUUUGGUGAUGUGGAGAGCCAUCCGCCAUCAGUUCAUUUUUGGUCGACGGUCAGAGGUGAAGAGUGGACAGAUUUCAUGCCCACGGCAGUUUAGUUUUGAGUCCUAUCUUCGUGAACGCUUGGGUCACAUCGUCGUUUGCGUCGUGGAGGUGGAUCGGAACAUUUGGCUGAUGACCUUGUUGGUCUUAACGCCUUCAGUCUUAUGCUGUGUGUCGAUGGACAUCUUCCAUGUCGGAGAGUUCCUUUGUUUGAGCGCCUACUUCUUGUUGGCCAUGGGUGUCCUGAUCGGCCACAUCCUGGAGACAGAUACCUUGUGGCUCACCCCCAUCUUGCCAACAGAUGCACGCAAAAUACUGAUUCUCUUCUCUGGCACAAGCACUUACAUGCUCAUGAAGCAGUAUGAUGCCUCCACCCUGAAUGCUGAGCUCAAGUUCGGCGCCCCCGGCCUGCAAGGUUUAGAAGCUCAGGAGGUCGAGUUGGGCAAGCCCCCGGUCAGCGAUCCCAAGCGCUUGCGAUUGACGUCUUCCAGGUAUGCCUUCUUGUUUGAACUGCUGGCAUUCUGGCAGGCCAUCCAGGUGACGUGUUUGGUGCUCUACUACUUGACGGUCUCCUUUGACAAUUGGCACAGUGUCCUGUUCUAUGCCUUGGCCUGGGCGGAAUGGCCCUUGAUGCUGUUUGGUGUCAUGCCGGUGUUGCUGGAGCGGCUGACACUCCGAAGUUCUAUUGGUGAAGAGACAGAUGAGAACCUCGUAAGAAUGGUGUCAUUGGAAACAAAGGCAAUGAUGCUCAGGUAUCAUGUCCGCCUCGCACAGCUCAAGGGCUUUGAGGAGCGCCAGGAGCGCCAGGAGCACCAGGAGCGUCAGCAUCAGGAGAAGAGGUCAGCUCUUUCAGUGCCAGCCGCAGAGGAGGGCCGUGUGACCAAGACCUUGAAGUCUCCAGUCCGUGUCGCCGCGCGCGCCGUUCGACUCUUCAGGCAUAGCCCAGCACAAGUCAGAGCAGAGAUCACUUGGCAGCGAGGGCUACGGGUGUUUCGGUCUUUGCCCUACAGCGAGCAAUUUGAGAUUGAGCAGAUCUUCAGCAGCCUGGAUAUCAACAACAACGAGGAGGUGAUGCUCCAAGACCUUGCUGCUCAUUGGAAGGCAAUGGGCUUUUCUCAUGCCAUGGACUCUGCGGAGAAGUUGUUGGCCAGCAUCGACUACGAUGGGAGCGGACAGCUCACCUGGAGCAAGUUCCAAGCUGUGGCCGCGCUGGCCACGUCGGUGAAGGGGGACGAGGAGGAUGAAGACUAUCGUUUGCUCUUUCGCCUCAUUGACCGGAACCAGGAUGGGAGGAUUACGGUCUUCGAAAUUGCCAGUUGGUUGGAAGGCAUGAAGAGUGGCAUGACAGAAGUGGAUGUGGCUAGCUUGCUGUAUCAGCAUUUUGGUCAGGCCAAACCAUCUGUAGACACGGACGAGUUUGCACGAUGGAUCGCAUCCAUCGGUUUGCCCCAGAAAGGAGGCCAUGGCAGUCAUGGUUCUCACUGAGCGAAGAGAAUUCCGACGCCUGUCAAAGUUUCUUUGUAUCUCCUGUGAGGGGGCCUAAUGAAUGCAU